UCAUGCUGUUACACACGGCUGGCUUUCUUGGCCUAGCGUCGGUUGCCUGAUUAUCACUGCGCCCUCUUCAUCGUAAGAACGCCAGCCGCAUCAUCUUUCGUCUUGUGCAUGUCGAGGCAGCCCCUUCACCCUGUCAUGCGACACCCACUUCCUCUAAGUUUGUUUAUACGAGCGAUUCUCAUUAAUAAGUCUUUGAUGACCGAUUGCCUCUCGCCAGGGUAAACCAUUUCGGACUUACUCCGCGGCCCCAAGCUGUAGCGCGCCAUCAUGGCGACCAACGCGUAUGAUAAUUUGGACGAAUUCUUCGACUUUGCCCGUUUGGAACAUGACCAUGGCGUUCGUCCAAAUGAUGGGCCUUGUCAACACCAAUCUGAGCCGUAUAACAUUCACGGCAAUGUCACAGUCAUGGACUGGGCUACCGAUGAAAUGACGACAGUCUGUCCUGCAGAUACCGUCUUACCUCAGGAUAUUUACAUGAAAAACACCUAUGAAGAAGCUUCUGUCGCUCAAAGUACUCAGCAGUGGCCACUCGUUGAUUCUCCAGGCCAAUCUUCAUCGACAGGCGACGAAAGUGUGGAAUUAACGGUAGUCCCUACAUGGCAUAUGCACAGUGCCGUGGCCAUUCAAGACCCAAUACAUUACUAUGAGCGCCACUCUGCCUUUUCACCCUCGUCGUCUUUCCCUGCACGUGAGCAUGUUGAGCUCAUUGGUGGAGAUGACGAAGAAGGCUUGAAAGAUGCAUUUGGUCUGCCGCAAGAAUCUCCUCUCCCACAGCUCGAUCGAUCUAGCCUAAACAGCAACAGCUCACUCGUUUUGGAGUAUCCUGUUGGUCACUCUCACGACCGACCAGCCGCACCACUCCGCCAGGCCUCCACAGCGAGCUGGAAACCCGCAUCGGCCAAGCGUAAAGGACCGCAGAGCCGCAUCCCACUUGAAGCAAGACAAAUUCUGGAAGAUGAAUUUGCUGCGAAUCCGUAUCCUUGUUCUUGGGAAAUGGACAUCAUUGCACAUCAAGCCAAUCUUGAUGUGAAGAAAGUCCGCAAUUGGUUCAAUAAUACACGAGCAAGAAAAAAGGAUGGAUGCGUUCAUUCUUCCAUCCAAGAGAUGCCUAGUGACGUCCCUCGUUCACUAAAAUCAAAACUCUCCAAGGAUAGCCUUGAAGCUCUUGAUAAGAAUUCUGACGAAAUCACGCAAACACCACAACCACCUUUGGCUGUGUACCUGGCUCAGUCGUACCACGAAGAAGCUGUUGAAUUCUCCGCCGUACAAGCAGCUCUAGACAGCGGCUCACUAAGCGGAAGUGGCGAUUAUCAGAAUGAUGGAUGGUCAGAAUCAAGGCAAGGACGACGGGGCUCCAUCAUGAAUUCAAUCGCGUCUUCUGAAGGCACUGCGCCGACAACGUAUACAGUCUCGUCAAGUGGCAGUCGCAGCAACAUCUCGUCUUUUGGUCGAGAUCGAAGACGUGGUCGAAGACGCAUGGCAUGGAAGGAGUCGCCUUACACUCGCCAGAAGGUCAAUGGCGUCAACAACGCCGGCGAACCACAACAAGACUUGCCUUUCUUUUGCACAUUCUGUCCUCGCGCCUUUAAGACUAAAUACGAGUGGAUCCGGCAUGAGGACUCUGUGCACGCCCUACGUACCACUUGGAUCUGUUGUGACACGAAAGGUGUACCGCUACAGUCCUGUCCAUUCUGUGGUCAAGAGCAUCCUGAUGAUGCUCACAUGGCAACACACAAGUAUCAGCAAUGCAGGCACAAGCCCGAAUCGGAACGAACGUUUUACCGCCGCGACCAUUUCGUCCAACAUCUGCAUCAUGUCCAUUUUGCAAACGCUAAGCACCCGUCACUGCGUGCUGGAUGCCAGGCUCGCUUGAUGGCCGCUGGGGGCCAGAACUUCGGAUGCAAAGACCUCGCCAUGAAGUGGCGUCGUUUUGGUGCGCCAAUGAUGCUCAACGACCCGAUGCUCCAUUGCGGCUUUUGUGGCAAGAAGUCAAAGGACUGGUCUGAGCGCUGCCAACACGUCGCCGAACAUCUUAUUGCUCGCGAGCUCGAUCGCGCCGUGUGGUGGGCUGAGCGAAAAGAGAACCACUUGGGAAACCUGUACUCUGCAUCACCGUUUGAGUCUUUCAGAUGUCGUUAUUGCCUGAAGGUCUUUACGGACGUGCAAGCCAUGAACGAGCACUCCCACUGUCGUGUCUGGAGUUGUCGGUUCCUGAAAAGCUUCGACGAUGUUGCUGCCGACAACGUAGGGCCGCCACUAUGUCCAGACUUCCCCUCUGCGAAAGCCCACCAUUGCCAUCUUUGCGGUGGGGGUUACCGUACGUUCCAUGUCGAGCAUGCGCAGAACCAUCACCGCUAUCGCUCAUGCAACCAAGAGUUCUACACCUCAGAAGAAGCCUUCCUUCAGCAUCUGCACAACUUUCAUAGCGCAUCUCCACCGAUAGUACUGCAAGGGAGCUCGGUAAUCGAACAAAGCUUCAUGCGCAACAAAGGAGCCUCAUUUGAACCUGUAGAGUUCAACGAAACAUGGCAACCCUGUCUUAUGGAUCUCGACGUCAAUCCCGUUGGUCCCUUUAUGGUUGAUAAGGCUGUGUCGCCCUUGUCGUCGCAAGAAAAGAAGGACCAGGCACAUGCGAAGAAACAACCUCCCGCUCGAAAGAAAGUCCGCGAAGAGCUACAACACACCCCUCCAGGUACCGUUAAAGCCCCACGACAGCGCUCCGAUACUACCACAUCAAAGACCGAAACACAGAGCCCUCGCUUUUUCCGCCUCAGCACUUACGUGCCCUUCCUCUCCUCCCGUAUUUUCUACUCUCAUAGUGCAAAGUCAACUGGCUUGCCUAAAGAUAACCAGGCCGUGGUCGAAGAGAUGCCGAAACCCUACCUAACAUCUUUGGCAAUGAGCGCAGGCCUUGUCAGCAUGGCUUGCGUUCGAUGGGCUAUCAAGCCGGAAGCACAUGUAGCAAGUGGCAUGCUAGAGCUCACACUUGAAGACGAGGCCGACUGAGAUCUAAAACAAUGAUGCUUCAUGUCCGGGGACGCCUAUCAUUCAUAUCGGCCAAGGUUCUUAGCCUUCUAAGCAAUCUCGAACGGAGUAAAUUCAAUUAUGGGAGAAACCGGACAUUACUUCCUCAUGUUAUUACAAGAAGGAAUACUCUUCACAAUCACGUCUGAGGUCUCAAGAAAGAUAGCAAUAUACUUGCUUUACAGAGUCGCCCAAUAUAAGGUACAUGAGUUAUGAUGUCUAUCUGCGAUAGUUCCUUGUACGUCCUACUCGAAGAAUACCGCCUUCUACGUGUAAAAGAGUAGGCCUCGUGUCAAACGCAGCG